CGUGUGAUUUAGACUUCUCGCGAGACGCUAGGCGGGAAAGCAUAAGGUGAUUUCCUCUGUGGGAUCUCUAAGGAGUACCCCGGCGUACCACUGCCAUGGACCCAUUCCUGGUGCUGCUGCACUCGCUAUCCAGCAGCCUGUCGGGCAACGAUCUGACGGAUCUCAAGUUCCUGUGCCGCGAGCGCGUGAGUAAACGAAAGCUGGAGCGCGUGCAGAGUGGCCUGGACCUGUUCUCGGUGCUGCUGGAGCAGAACGAUCUGGAGCGCGGGCACACCGGGCUGCUGCGCGAGUUGCUGGCCUCGCUGGGCAGACACGACCUACUGCAGCGCUUGGACGACUUCGAGGCGGGGGCGACGACUGCUGCAACCCCGGGGGAGGCAGAUCUGCGGGUGGCAUUUGACAUUGUGUGUGACAAUGUGGGGAGAGACUGGAAAAGACUGGCCCGCGAGCUGAAGGUGUCUGAGGCCAAGAUUGAUGGCAUUGAGGAGAGGUACCCCCGAAGCCUGAGUGAUCGGGUAAGGGAGACUCUGCGAGUCUGGAAGAAUGCCGAGAAGGAGAACGCCUCGGUGGCUGGACUGGUCAAGGCACUGCGGGCCUGCCGGCUGAACCUGGUGGCUGACCUGGUGGAAGAAGCAUUGAUGGCCCAGGGAUCUGUGAGCAAGAGUGAUGAUACGUCCUCAACGCUGAGGGAUCCAACUGUGUCUUUCUCAGAAACACCCUGACAAGCCCGUGGCUCCUCUCAGGAGUCACUGUGGACUUGAUCACACCAUGAUGUAGCACCAAGUGCCUAUUGUGACCAAUGCCAAGAAGACCUUGCUGAUUCAGGCUGGGACCCCUCACACCAGCUCCUGGAGUAUAGCUGAUUCUAUGGAGCCUCUGCCCCCUGGGCUUUGGGGACACAUGAAGGUUCCCCUUCGUGUUCUCCACCACCUCUCCCUCCCCCGCCCCAAGAGAUCCCUGGUCUUACAAGGAGGAAGUUGAGUUGAAGCUAAUGGCACCUGUGCUGACUGCAGUUUGAGAGCCUUCGUGUUGUUCCUUGGAGGAAGACACCAACUC